AUGGAGCGAGACCCAGCGCCAGUGUUAAGGGCCAUCCCGCUCAGCAAUGACAGUGUGGCACGGAGGGUUAGAGAGAUGGCGCUGGACACUGAGGAGCAGCUGUGUGCCACACUGCGAGAAAAUCGUUUCAGUAUCCAGCUGGAUGAAACAACAACAGCAGACAACAAUGUUCUCCUAAUGGCCUAUGCGCGUUUUGUGUCUGGGAGGGAUGUGGCCGAGGACAUGCUGUUUAUUAAAUAUCUCUCUGCGGACACAAGAGGAGAAACUAUAUUUAACGCGCUAAAAGAGUACCUCCAGGAGAAGUCCAUUCCACUGGGGAACAUCCUCGCCUGUGCCACAGAUGGAGUUCCCGCUAUGGUUGGGAGGUACCGCGGAUUCACCACUUUCCUUAAGGAGCGUGUGCCGCAGGUGUUGACAGUGCACUGUGUCCUCCACCGUCACUACCUCGCGUCCAAAGCCAUCAGCCCAUCUCUCCACCAGUCACUCAACACAGCAGUAAAAGCAAUAAAUAAAAUCAAAGCCCAUGCUCUUAAUGAUAGGCUCUUCAGGCAGCUGUGUGGCGAGAAUGAUGAGGCCUUCGAGCGUCUGUUGCUCCACACCGAGGUGUGCUGGCUCUCCAAAGGCAACUGCCUGGUGAGGCUGUGUGAGCUGUUUCAGACAGUCCUGGAGUUCCUACAAGGUGUCGAUGCCGAUCUAACGGAGAAGCUGCUGUCUUGUCGCGCCGACAUCCAUUACCUCGCGGACUUCUUUGGGAAAAUGAAUGAGGUCUCCCUGAAGCUCCAAGGAGAGGCCGUGACGCUUGUCCAUUCAAAGGCCACAGUGCACAGUUUCCUUACCAAGCUGGACCUGUACCAAGUGCUGGAUGAUCUCACAGACAACCAUCUGCUCCGUUACACUGACCACUUGAAAACGGUGAAAGCGGACCCGGAGGUCUGUUUCAGGGAUCUCAAUGAAUUAGACGUCCCUGAAUGGGUGACGGAGCCAUUCCAAGUGGAUGUGUCCAGCAUUGAUGCUGCAUUUCAGGAAAGCCUCAUUGACCUACAAAAUGAUGAAGAGGCCAAGGCCACGUUCCGCACCUCUGGCUGGCGUGCGAUGUGGGCCACACAUGGUCUGCGAUUUCCGCUGCUGUGGGAGAAGACUUGUGUUCUUCUUGCUUUCCCCACGUCCUACCUCGUCGAGCAGGGAUUCAGCCAAGCUCUCCACUUGCAGACCAAGUACCGCAACCGUCUGAAUUUGGUAGACUCCGGUGCGCUCAGGCUGAAGCUGACGUCUGUGUGUCCUGACGUUAAAAAGCUGGCAGCUAGCCACCAAGCACAGGGCUCACACUAA